AGCAGCAACAGGAGCGGCCCCGCGCAUGCGCACCGCCGGCAGGAUUCUGCCCCUCCAUGACAUCCAGCAGGAGCGUCUGCCGCCGCUGCGCACACGGAAGGAGAAGCGCGCGUCAAAUACAUGAUCCGCCUAAUCCCUCAACCCUCCUCGAGCUCCGGGACUGCCAGAUAAUAACGCGCUCGAGCGGAAUCUACCGGACGCAGAGACGGGUAUAGCGGCGCUCUGGUGGUUUAAUUGCUCGGGGUUCGUCGAGGAUGAGGCUGAGGCUGAUGGAGAGCACACUCGCGGGUGGAGGAGAGAAGCGCGAGCUGCCUCCUCCGUUCAGGAACCCGUUCGUGCACGACCUGCGCUUCACCACGGCGCAGAAGCUGCAGAUCGGUUUUAUGACGGUGACGCUCUUCCCCAUCCGGCUCUUCAUAGCGGCGUUCAUGAUGCUGCUGGCCUGGCCGUUUGCCUUCAUCGCGUCGGUGGGCCGCUCCGAGACAGCGGUGGAGCCGCAGUGCUUAUGGAGAAAGCUGGUGGACGUGGUGCUCAGGACCAUCAUGCGGGUCAUGUGGUUCGCCGGCGGUUUCCAUUGGAUCAGCAUUAAGGGCAGACAGGCUCCGCCCGCCGAAGCACCCAUCCUCACCCUCGGCCCGCACUCGUCCUACUUCGACGCCAUUCCUGUCACCAUGACCAUGGCUUCGAUCGUGAUGAAAGCGGAGAGCAAGGACAUCCCGGUGUGGGGCACUCUCAUCAGAUACAUCCGGCCCGUGUUCGUGUCGCGCUCGGAUCAGGACUCCAGGAGGAAGACGGUGGAGGAGAUCAAGAGAAGAGCUCGUUCAGGAGGAGAGUGGCCGCAGAUAAUGAUCUUUCCAGAAGGAACGUGCACCAAUAGAUCCUGCCUGAUCACAUUCAAACCAGGUGUGUGUGUGUGUGUAGUUCCUGUAAAACCACUAAUGCAAGUCUACCCGAACAAACUGGACACCAUCACGUGGACCUGGCAGGGGCCCGGAGCGUUUAAGAUCCUGUGGUUGACUCUCUGUCAGCUUCACAAUGAGUUUGAGAUCGAGUAUCUGCCCAUCUACUCGCCCUCAGAGGAGGAGAAGAAGAACCCGGCGCUCUUCGCUCACAACGUGCGCCGCCUGAUGGCCAAGGCCCUGCAGGUCCCCGUCACAGACUACUCGUUUGAGGACUGUCAGCUGGCCACGGCGCAGGGUCAGGUCCGGCUGCCCGUCGACACGUGUCUGCUGGAGUUCUCUAAGCUGCUGCGCUCUCUGGGGCUGAAGCGUGUGAACUGGGAGAAGCUCCUGCAGGAUUAUGGGAAGCGCGCUCGUAGUCUGCAGGGUCAGAGACUGAGUCUGGAGGACUUCGGCCGGUUCCUCGAGCUGCCCGUGUCACUCGAGCUCAGACACAUGUUCGCUCUCUUUGACGAGAACGAAGAGCACUCGAUGGACGUCCGGGAGUUUGUGAUCGCCUUCUCUGUGGUGUGUCGGCCUGCUAAAACACUGGACACCAUCAGACUGGCCUUCCAGAUGUUUGGGGCCGAGCAGGACGGUGUGAUCACAGAGAGCGAGCUGAUGUGCAUCCUGAGGACGGCGCACGGCCUCGGAGAGCUGAAGGUCAGCCGUCUGUUCAGAGCCAUCGAUGAAGAGGACUCGGGCAAAAUCAGCUUCGAGAGCUUCAGGGAGUUCGUGGAUCAGCAUCCAGACUUCGGCGAGCAGUACCUCUACUCGGACAGCGCUGGGUUCGGCAGCAGCUCCCCGUCCCACACCACCAACGGCUUCUGUGCUGACUUCAGCCCGAGCGAGCAGAAGAAACUCGACUGAGCGCCGCUGAAACCUUUACUUCCUGCUGUCCGAGACAGCUGAUUGGUUCAGCUACGCUUGCUGGUUUCUCUUCCCCUCAGCGUCAUUUAAAAAGCUAAUUUAAGGGAUUUUUUUGUUAAAACAAAUACUUGAAAGCCAAGCACUUGUUUUGUUUCUGGUGGGGUGAUUUAUUUGUGUGACUGAUACUGACCAGCUGUGCAUGUUUCUGAAACACGAGAUGAAAAUGAUGCAAGUGAACUGGAAGUCCAGUCCGUGACGCGUCCAAGAGGUUUCUCACGCACUCUUUCAGCCCCUCGUCUUUUGUUUUCCGUCUUUCCGGACUGUAGAUGCCUUUAUGAAUUGAUAAGUGAGUGUUUGCAUGGGCUCGAUGCUUGAUAACAGUAUUACUCCGUGUCGGAUCUGAUCGUUGAGCGCCAGUGACAGAUACCUGAGCUCUGUCUCCUCCUGCUGGACGGACUGAGCAUCAGAUUUGAGGUGCAACAUACGACUGGAUUCAGUGCUGGUCUGAAUCAGAAUCAGCCAGUUUUUAUUAUAGAUCCUGAGUGCUUAAUAUUUGGUCCCUUCGCUCAGGGGAAAGCGGCUUACAGCUUUUGUUUUGGUGUGUGUGUUUUAUUUCUUUUCUCAUCCAUUUGUACAGUCUGUUGCACAUUUAUGAAUUCUGGACGUCCAAUAAUCAUUUCAUGAUCACAUCGCAAUCUGCUGGGGUUUUUUUUAUUUUUAUUUUUUUUAGGUGGGGGGGGGGUAGGGGCAAUUAAAUUUUAUUUUACAUUUUGAUUUUGAUUUACUUCAGGUACUGAAAUAAACUGCUAUAUUGUGCAUUAAUAUGGACCAAAUACAGGAUGCUGACUGUGGUUUAGUAAGAGAUCAAUGUUAUUCAGUAGAUAUAGUCGAUAAUAGAGAGUUUACCUUUUUGAUAAACAUAUUGCUGUAUUUUUCUAUUUUUCACUCAGAGGAAAGUGAAAAAUUGACUUUAAGUCCAAUAAUUUGGCUGAUAAAUGUGGCUCGUUUUAAAAUGAUAGUAAUUUUUUCUGUGUUUUCCAUCAAGUAAAGUCUUCCUUCCUUCGUUUGAGCGUGGGUUUCUUCACACGAACAGAGUCUGAAUGUUUUGUGGUAGAUAGACGAUUUGUUUUCAUACAUUCUGCUUUCACAAAAGCUGAGUGAAUAAAUCUACUGCCUGAUGUGAUUGAAA